GGCCACGAGCAAGACAGUGCGUAAAGAUACGGUAAUUGUUCCCUCGGGUGGCUAUGUCGUAGUCGAGUUUAUCGCCGAUAACCCCGGGCAUUGGUUCCUGCAUUGUCAUAUUGAAUCACAUCAAUUGGAAGGUAUGGCAGUGGUAAUCAAUGAAGUCGAGACCCGCCAGAAUCCGCCGCCAAACGGUAUGACGAGUUGUAGAAGCUUUACAUGGAGUGUGGCGGAGUUUAAUGAGAAACGCAACUGGGUCAAAGGAACAACAACAACAACAACAACAACAACAACAACAAAAACAACAACAAAGUUUGUGAAGAGCAUUGCUCCAAGACCAGCUUUGGAAAACCUGUUUUUGCUUGUUGCUUUUCUUAUUGCACUACAAAUGGCAUGA